CUAAUCGACUUUAAGUAACUCAUAAUUGUAGUGUUUUUGGUAUUCGUUUUUGUAGCUGAUGUGAGUGAGAUUUGUGAUGUUGCUGUUAAUAUUAUCUUUAAUCGUGUUCGCAUUGUACUGGGUAUGGGGAUGGUGUGUGACAUCACGUUUGGAACCCCCCGAACAUCCCGGUAGGGUUCCACUCAUUGGACAUCUACACAUUUUCUUAGGAAACUCUACUACCCUAUGGAACACUGCAAAGGAAUUAUCGUACACCAGUUUGCGAAUGGGUGGUGUGACAUCCAUUUAUCUUGGACCUCGGAUUGUUUAUGUUUUGACAGACCCUGACGAUUAUUUAACUGUCGCCAACGCUUGUUUACAAAAGGAUAACUUCUAUAAUUUUGCUAAACCCUGGCUCGGGGAAGGUUUAGUCACUGGAACACUACCAAUAUGGAGGCAUCAUCGAAAGUUACUGAACCCAGCGUUCAGUCAGCUUGUGCUGGACGGUUUCCAGGGAGUUUUUAACAGUCAGUCCCGUCGUCUAGUUAGAGACAUGGCAUCGGAAGCUGGGAAGGGACCUUUCGAUCAUUGGGCUUACACGCGACGGAAUGCGUUGGAGACUAUCUGCUUGACCGCUCUGGGAGUUGAUUUCUGUGAGAACAGUGUUCUGAACAGUCAGUAUGAGCACGCGGCGGAGCAGAUGUUCAAUGUGCUGGUGGAGAGGUUCCAGAAGGUCUGGCUUCACAGCGACUUUUUAUACAACUGGUCUAGCCUGAAGAAGAAACAAGAGAGAUGUCUGGAGAUUUUGCACAAUAUGUCAAACACGGUUCUAAGAACACGUAAAGCUUCAUACUUAAGCAAUAAGAAGAAUGGAUUAGAAGCAUCAACAGGAACGAAAUUCAAGACGUUUUUGGAUCUUCUAUUAGAGUUAUCUAUUGAGAAAGGAGCGUUUAACGACUUGGAGAUAAGGGAGCAAGUAGACACAAUGAUAGUCGCAGGACACGACACGUCUGCUAAUGUUUUAAUGUUCACCUUAGUUAUGAUUGGAUCGUAUCCGAAGGUGCAGGAGAGAAUUUUCGAAGAGUUAUACGACAUUUUCGGGAACGACGAUAGAGAUGUGACUAAGCAAGAUUUAUCUCAAUUGGUAUACUUAGAGGCCGUGCUGAAGGAAACUAUGCGGGUUUACCCCAUUGUGCCCGUGACUGCGAGGUGGCUUGAUAGAAAUGUUAAGCUAAAGAACUACACGUUAACCGCUGGUCGGACUUGCCUUAUGUUUGUGUACGGGGUCCAUAGACACGCCAUGUGGGGACCUGACGCUGAGGAGUUCAAGCCCGAACGCUGGCUGGAACCGGCCACUCUGCCGCAUUGUCCCAACGCCUUUGCUGCAUUUAAUAUGGGCAGAAGAAUCUGCAUUGGUAAAACGUACGCCUAUUCGUCGAUGAAAACAACGUUGGCUCACCUAUUACGUCACUACCGAGUACAAGCCGACCAUAAUAAGAUGAUAUUAAAGCUUGACGUCAUGCUCAAACCUGAAUACGGUCACUUAAUAUCCAUAGAGAAGAGAUGAAAUGUAAAUUAAAAAAGCCGUAACACAUUUAAAGACUGACACUUUUAUUAUUCCUGAUGGAUAUAAGUUACAUUCAAUUACAACCAAAAAAGUGCUACAACAUUCUUGUCAGACUAUAAUUUUACAUAAUUCUUAUGAUUGUCGGAAAAUAUGUAAACUAAACAAUGUCAUCUUGACAACGUCAUCUGACCAAUGAUGGAUCGGCAUUUGCACAAUCGCAUCUUGACAGUGUCAUCUGCCCAAUGAUAGAACGCCGUUUGCACAAUCUCAUCUUGACAGUGUCAUCUGCCCAAUGAUAGACCGGCGUUUGCACAAUCUCAUCUUGACAGUGUCGUCUGACCAAUGAGGAAGCAUUUGCACAGGACAAUGUUGCCAUUAUUUUUUUUCGAAAUUCCAGAAAAAUGUUUCGUGUGGCGAUUUAGUUUUAAUUUGUAAUAUCAGUAGUAAGAUAAAGUUGACAU